UGAAGGCACCGCGGCGAGGGGAAUUCACCUCCAGUAUCAAUCUAUUCCAGCACCAACAAGCAAAAGGCCGACAACAACCACAACACACUCACAUUGCCUCUCUUCUCAACCCGUGAGCCCACCACCGCCCAGCCCGGGCUGACAGCAUCCCCGAAUCGCACCCUCCCGCCCUCGCUGGGGCCAAAACCGCCUCUGACGGCCCUCCCACGCCCACCAAACCUCGCACACCCACCACCCACACGACCACCACCCAUGGCCGAAAAGCAAAUCCAGCAGAUCCUGACCAAGCUCAGGUCUGCGCAGCUCGCCUACCCGGACGCCGCCAAGCUCCUGUCCAAGGCCAAGCUCCUCCUCCUGCAGCUCGGCGCCCUCACGCCCACCAUCGCCACCCCGUCCGCCGCCGCCGUCGGCGCCUCCCCCUCCACCUCGCAGCCGGCCUCGCAGCUCGCGCUCGCGCGCGAGACGUACGAGCAGGGCGCGCUGUACAGCAUCCGCGCGCGCGACGCCGACGGCUUCGUGCGCUACGUGCGCCAGCUCAGCCCCCUGUACGAGCUUCCCGCCUCGAGCCUGCCGCCCAACCUGCCCGAGCGCUCAAAGGUCACGGGCCUCUACCUGCUCCUGCUCCUGACGCAGGGCCGGUACGACGAGUUCCACUCGGAGCUCGAGGCCCUGUCGGCCCGCGAGGGCGGCGGCGGCUCCGUCGACGUCGAGGGCGACCGCUACCUCGGCUACCCCAUCCGCCUCGAGCGCUGGCUCAUGGAGGGCAGCUACGACCGCGUUUGGAAGGCCAUGAAGAAGGGCGAGGUGCCGUGUGAGGAGUACGGCGUCUUUUCCGAGAUCCUCACCUCCCAGAUCCGCUCCGAGAUCGCCAGCUCCAGCGAGCGCGCCUACCCGUCCCUGCCCAUCUCGUCGACAAAGUCGCUCCUGUUCCUCGACUCGGAGGGCGCCGUCGUCGACUUCGCCGCCAGCCGCGGCUGGUCCGUCCGCGAUGGUCACAUCUACUUCCCCGCCGCCGCCGCCGCCGGCUCCGCGUCCGACGACGGCGGCCAGGCCGAGAAGCCCAUCAGCCAGAUGUUUAUCGAAAACACCCUCGGCUACGCCCGCGAGCUCGAGACCAUCGUCUAAGUUCCUGGCUUGGGGAGGUGACCGACCGAGUUGAACGUGGCCGGGGAAUUGCCGUGGUGACAUGUCACAGCAGCUCAGAGUGGUGCAUGCUGCCGGUUUAGCGUAGCCUUGGGCGCAGAAUACAUCGGGUCUGCUUCCAAUAUGUAAUACAUCCUCUUUUAGACAUUAGACGAAGCCCCGCGAACAUGUCUUAUUUCAGGUCAUUUCCGAAAGCACACGCCAUUAUCACGGA